GCACCCACUGUCCAUCCAGCAGCACCUGUUUCCCCAGCGAUGCCGCCGAUGCGUCUUUGGAUGCCCAAGAGCGCAGUACUUCACUUGGCACAAGGUGCAUUCCCUGCAUUGGCGUCCAAGUUCAAUUUGCACAUUGAAGUGAAUGGCACAAUGGACCCCAGCUUUGCCGAG